AUGAGCGAAAUUGAUACUAGAACUAGUGCUGAAAAUGAGGAGCAGCAGUUGCAACAUUUUUCCAAAAAUGACUCUCAAUCAACAUCGUCUUUCAAUUCGUUUAAUGAUAAGGAGGAGAUACGAAGGAGGCUAGCAUUCGAAAUUGAUGAUGAUGAUCCAAUUGCUCAGUACAAGCUGAGUCGCAAGUCGCGUAAAUCACUGUCGGCGCGCAUGCAAAAUAUCGAUAGCUUACAAAUAUGCUUUCUCAAUGAGAAUAAUGAAAGCUAUACAUUUGAAGACUUGAACAAUCACUCGAGUGUCGACAACAACAAUGAUAUCAUUAUGCAAAACCGAAUCUACUACUUAUUUAAGAAACUGCAGAAGGAAGACUUUGAUUUAGACAAAGUGUGUCUAUUUAGUGAUAUUGAAAAGCCAAAUGACAAGGCCAAGUUUCCUGAGUACCAUUCAAAGCUGUACACUGAGGCGAAGCUGGCACUGUCUCAGGUUAAAGAAAUAUGCAAGCUUCGAAUAAAGUUAGAGAAGCAACAUGAACAAGAUCUUACGCCGUCAAUUUACGAUCUAAUUCACAAUUUGCCAAGUGACUUUCAAAAAGACGUCUCAAAGUUUAACAGGCCGAUUCUGAAGCGUCUUCGAAUUUCUGAACUGCAAUUAAUUGUUAAUGACAUGUUUAGCAAAAUUGAAAAUUUAAAUGGGAGCCUGGUUAAAAUGUUAAUUCAGCGUGAUGAACUCUACAUGGAGCAAGACUCGCUUCUUGUUGACAUUGAAGAUCUCACCAAGUUUCUGUGA